AUACCCCUAGGGUUUGUCGUUAAUUACGCGGCCGUGCCACCGUGUUUUCGAGCAAUUACUAGAAUGCCCUUCCCCCAUCCCCACACUAAAACGAAAAAAAUCAAAAAAUCGCACUCAGUUGGUUUCGAACCCGCGGUCUCUGGGUCAGAGGAGGCUAGCAGUUUGACCAGUUGGGCUGCCGACAAUCAUAUGCUAAAUUAUCCAUCCCGCUUAAGUUUAUUUGUUUAUAGUUCUUAAUACGAAAUGGUAAAUGCGGAUUAAGUUUAUCUCGUUUCUUUUCCAAUACGAGUCAAGCCUCUUCCUAAUAACUUAAAUUAUUAAAUUCUCUUUUCAUAAUUUCAUAAUAAUCAAAUUAAAUUUUAUUAACAUAAAUUAUAAUACGAAAUUCACGAUCAGUGGAACGUGAUGAAAAUGUCACAAUUAAACUAUCAAAGUUCAAACGAACUACGUGGACUUUGAUCCCGUCUAACGGGUACGUAGGCAACCGAUAAGGUUCGAGUCCAACUAACCAAUUAACUUCAUCGUUUACGUCAGUGGACGUACAAUUAAAUUACCAUUAAUACGAUUUAAUUUUUUUUAAUGGUCCAGUGGGACCCUAAAAUUACUAAAUUAUUACUAAAGAUACACCCAACUCGCAUAAGAACUUAUCGACUUAAGUAGUACCGAUUUAGGGCGUUGUGGGGGUGUUGCUUAACUUCCCCACACGUAACCGUACUCCCGAACCCAUAUCUCUUAAAUGCAGACCAUAUCUCGGUUCUGACCCUAAGGUUAGAGCCGACAGACGAGUGUUCGAUCCACUCCAAGUAAGAUCGAUGGCGACUCCCAAAAAUGCCGACGCGACGACACAAAACGGACCCCCGGACGGGACGGUUGCGACAGUUGGCGACUCCGCUGGGGACAUUCGAGAGUCGAGCUACAUAACUAAGUUCGAUAAGUUUUUCUAAAAUUCUAUUACGUGUUGGGUGUUUACGCUAUUAUUUGCGCAAUUAUAUUUUCGCAAUUAAAUUCAGCAUUCAUGCAUAAAAGCUCUAUGCCCGGGCUAUCCCUUUAGAAAAUUGAAAGGAGUACCGUGAUAUCCACGGUAGUGGUAGUCGCGCAAAACUUUCUAACCAAGUUGAACUCGGAUCCGAGGAUGAUCUCGAGGUAUCCAGCCAGUUUGAAAGGGCUACGGCAAGAUACAACUUGGGAGCCAAAUCCCUAGAAAUUCCUCUGCCAACAUAUAGUAAGCAUAGAAGCCUCCCUAAACAGUCCAAAAUAAUCCCAAAUGCCACCCUACAACCAAGUCAUUACGCCUCCCGAAGCCAUAGGUGUACCUAAUUAGGAUGACAUUCUUUCUAUCAUAUAAAUGCAUGUUUGUUAUUGAUAUGAUAUGUUAUGUUCUGUCUUUUACUUAACUGGCGUGAAAGGUUUUUUAAAAACCCAUAUCUUUAUAUUUUCCUUAAAACUUUCAUUCAAUAAUUCAAAAUUGGUCACACAAAUAUUUUUGCAAAACAUAUACACCCCUCAAAAUCGUAUUUGCAUUCAUGCAUCAUUGCAUUUUUUGCAUAAGCAUCAUGCAUACGUAUAAAGAACAGAAUAAAUUUAACAAUGUUAAGAAAAAUCAGGUUUUCUUAAAAUUGCUCCUCCACAAGGAAAAAUCAAAUCCUUAAGUACUCGACAAGAUCCGAGGCUCAGUUUGUCAUGGAGGCAUUUCAGAAGGAUUUAAAUGACAUCAAGAGAAGAGUGAUUGGGCUUGAAGAAGUGAAAGAGGAUGUUAGCACAAUUUUGAGGAUUCUGUCAAAAAUUGAGAGGACAAUGGAAGCGAAAAAUGGAGAUGCGCCAUUUGGCGAAGAAAUUUUAUACCAACCGCACAACAAAGUAACGUCAAAUGAUAAGACUCCACUCCUGCUCUCAAAGAAUGUGCAUGAUGCAGAACAAUCAAAAUGUGACAAUCCGCGAAGAUCAGAAAGGCUUGAAGAACGUGUGAUCUGCAUCGGACAAGGGAAGUUAGAGAAUCACGAAAUGGAUGAGAGGGCAAACCAAAGGGUAGGAAAUAAAGGAAAACUACUGUCAACCCAGGUGGAAGCAGAAGAGAAUAUCUGGAAGUGUCACUUUCAAAAGAAUCAUGCUCUUUCUUAUGUUGCAACAACCACACCAAUAUUGCGACCUCUGAACUUCGUGACACCAGCAAAUCAAAUCCCACUACCGGUACCACAACAAGGUGUUAACCGAGAUGUCACUAUGCCAAGGAAAGCAAAAAGGGUAUUUGAUCCAAUCCCAAUCACGUAUACCGAACUCUUCCCUCAGUUACUCCAUGAACGACUAAUCGCUCCUAUUCCGGGUGAGGCUCUACGACCUCCAUAUCCAAGAUGGUAUAGGUUCGAUAAGCAAUGUGAUUACCAUUCCGGAGUCCAAGGGCACUCUGUGGAAAAUUGUAACGCUCUGAAGAUAAGGAUUCAAGAGAUGGUAAAAGCUGGUUGGUUGAAGUUCGAAGAAGAGCCAAAACGCCCAGACGUCAACAGGGAUUCACUGCCAACACAUGAGAAUUAGUGGGCGUACUACAAGGCAAAACUCGAUUAUGAUGAUGUCGAGUCUACCAAAGUAAAUAAAAUAUCGAGAUCAUUUGCCAUAAUAAAAUAUGUAUCACUUUUGCUUUCGUCAUCAUGAAUAAAAGAUCUUUCAUGUUUCGACCUUUUCGGAGCAUUGCGUGACCAUUAUCAAUCUUAAUUUGAGAGUUCCCAUCAAUGGUUUUUUUUAUCAAAAUAACGAAUGCCACUACAGGUCCUUUUUUUUAAAAACGGAUUUAUCUUCUAAAAAAUGGAAGCCAUCCAAAGCCGACUUUAUUUUCGAAGUUAAGCCAUGAGACUGCCAUGAUAAGCAAUUAUGAGCACCCCACUGGUGCUGAGAUUUAGGACACCCCACUGGUGUCAAGCGAUUAUAAACACCAUGCCACUGUCAAUAUUUUGAGCACCCACUGGUGUUGAGGGUGUGCAUGAUCAACUAAAAUCAAGAAACAAACACCCUACUAGCGUUCAUAAAUUACGUGAGCUAAUAGUAGAAAGGUGUAAUGAGCAUACGACAUCAUGCUACUUAUAGAAUCUCGUCACCACUACAUUUGACUUUCGCCAACAAAUUGAGACUCAGCUUACCUGAACUCGAAUAUCCAAAUCUCGACGUACAAGGGACACAACAUUACAGACAUGAAUCUCUCACAAUAUUUUGUGACAAGAAGACCGGGAAGUUCAGGGAUCCCAUUUAUCAAAACCCAAGAAUCACUUGAGUGAAGCACUCAUCUAUACAAACAAGCACAUGGCGUCGAAAUCCUCACUUCUACAAAAAAGAAUAGCCAAUUCAACCUAGCUAACGAGAAGCGACACCCACACGAUCAAUCAUCAAAACAGACUCUCGUUCCUUUCACUACUCGUCCCACCGAAGACAAAUAACAGAUCAAGGAAGAAAGAAGCAUAGAUGGGGGCAUAACAAAAUCAAGUAAGUCCCACACGAAAAAAAACAAACAAACAAAAAAACCAAAAAAAAAAACCAAAAAAAAGAAGGAAAAAAGAAAAAAGAAGAAGAAAAAUGUUGUGGGACUUACAAAUUAGGUGCCCCUAUUUAACUUUUGAAGUACCAACUUUCUGCACCAAGCCAAAGUCUUGCCCGACCAAUUUCAAGAUACGGCAAGAAGGACCUUCAAGCAGUAAACUUUGAUGAUAAGAAAACCUUUUCGGCCAAAAUCACUUCAUCCCAUAUACUCAUCAUUUUGAGAGCAAGUCAGAAGCUGAAGCCCCACCACAACCCACAUUUAGAGGUCAAACAAAAAUCCUGACAAGUCCAUAACCAGAUUACAUUCGCAAAAACUUCAAAACCACGACCCUUGAAACAUUAGUCUCAAAGACAGGGGGCAAAACCAGCCAAACACCACAUUCCCUCAAAUAUGCCCAAGACUGGCGACAUUUUCAAACAAAUCUUUGCCGAAAAAAGACCGGGAUAGUAGUGGUUCUCAACCCAUCACGUCAAUCUCAUACAUUGGGGGCAAAACCAGAAUCCCUCUACAAGAAGCCUUAGGGUCGAUAUCAAAAUCUGACUUAUCUGUCACCCAUCUGAAUAAACCACACUUCAAGAGGACUCCUACCAUCAAAGUCAUAUCGGACAAAAGCCCCUUUCAUGGGAAACCAACGUCCACAACGAAACCAUAGGGAGGUAUCCUAAAUCAAUCACACCAAGGUCUUCCAUGUUGCUGCACAAGGAACGCAGUUGGCCACCAACAUAAAAUGAGACAUCUCAAAGUGAUCAGAAUCUUAAUGGUAGCUGAAAUGUCGUACACUCAAAUCACCUAUAGGAAUUAGUGAUGAGCGAAAUCCAAAGCGGGAGUGAGAGCGAGCAAAAUCAAAAGCAAGAGUGAGAGUGAGGGCUUACUGAUAUUCUCAUGGCUUGACUUACACUUCUUUAUUUGAAAAAAUCAAAUUUGACCACAUGG